CAUUUGGCUUUUUUAUCGUUAUCGAUAAUUUCGCGGUCACAUUGAAGGAACAUCUUAAGGUCGUCAAAAUAGUAGGCAAAAGGCGUCUGUACUGUACUUACAAACUCGCGGAAUGGAGGAAAUCGCUGUAGACGCUGCUAAAAAGAGGGCCGCACGCACGGCUGUGGACCAGUGGGUCACUGAGGACACCAAAAUCCUGGGCAUCGGUAGCGGCUCCACCGUCGUGUACGCCGUGCAGCGCAUUGCUGAGCGCGUGUGGAAGGAAGGUGAACUGACGGACCUCAUCUGCGUGCCCUCGUCCUACCAGGCGCAUCACUUGAUCCUGGACUACAAUCUCAACCUGGGCGAUCUGGAUCGGAAUCCCAACAUCGAUGUGGCCAUCGAUGGAGCUGAUGAAGUGGACAGUCACAUGGUGUUAAUCAAGGGUGGUGGCGGCUGCUUGCUCCAGGAAAAGGUAGUGGCCUCCUGCGCCAAGCACUUCAUCGUGGUGGCCGACUACACCAAAAACUCAAUCAGACUAGGUGAGCAGUGGUGCCGCGGUGUACCCAUCGAGGUGGCCCCCAUGGCCUACGUGCCCAUCAAGCUACAGAUCGAGGCUCUGUUCGGCGGCGAGGCAUCUCUGCGCAUGGCCAAGGUCAAGGCGGGUCCUAUUGUGACGGAUAAUGGAAACUUUCUACUGGACUGGAAGUUCAUUGCCAACCGGGAAUACGAUUGGGAUGAGGUGAACAGGGCCAUCACGAUGAUUCCGGGCGUUAUGGAGACGGGGCUGUUCGUGAACAUGGCCCAUAAGUGCUACUUUGGUAUGGCCGAUGGCAAUGUCAAGGUGCAGAACAAGUAGAUAGGUGAAAGUGGUUAACUGUUUGGAGUACACAUGUUUUCAUUAAUAAAUUUGGGAGCCCGGCUCCAGUGCAUUCCCCUUGCAAUUUAUUAUCAUUAUUACCCUUAAGGAUACCUGGAAAUGUUUUUUAAAUAAAUCCAUAAUGAUUUGAAA